GGGCCCACAGCGGCUGCUGGAGCGCUCCCGGUCCCGGUCCCGGUUCCGUCUGCCGGUGCGCGUGCAUGCGGGCGGAGGAGCGAUGCGCUGAAACAGGCCUGACGUCACCGCGGCUUUCAUCCUCAGCGCGUUCUGAAGGUUCUCAGUGACGUGCCUGUAGCGCGGUGCUGGAGCAGCCAUCAUGCCGUGCUCCUGUGCAGAGUGGAGGCGGUGGAUCCGCCCGCUGGUCCUGGUUCUUUACGCCCUGCUGCUGGUGGCCGUGCUGCCGCUGUGCGUCUGGGAGCUGCAGAAAGACAAGGUGGGGACUCACAGCAAAGCCUGGUUCAUCGCCGGCAUCUUCGUCUUCCUGACGAUCCCCAUCUCUCUGUGGGGCAUCCUGCAGCACAUGGUGCACUACACCCAGCCCGAGCUGCAGAAACCCAUCAUCAGGAUCCUGUGGAUGGUGCCGAUCUACAGUUUGGACAGCUGGCUCGCCCUGCGCUACCCCAGCCUGGCCAUCUACGUGGACACGUGCCGCGAGUGCUACGAGGCCUUCGUCAUCUACAACUUCCUGGUGUUCCUGCUCAACUUCCUGAGCAACCAGUACCCCAGCCUGGUGCUCAUGCUGGAGGUGCAGCAGCAGCAGCCUCACCUGCCGCCGCUGUGCUGCUGCCCGCCGUGGCCCAUGGGCGAGGUGCUGCUCUUCAGGUGUAAACUGGGAGUCCUCCAGUACACCGUGGUGAGACCGGUUACCACGGUGAUAGCACUCAUCUGUCAGCUGUGUGGAGUUUACGAUGAGGCCAACUUCAGCUUCCGGAAUGCCUGGUCCUACCUGGUUAUCAUCAACAACAUAUCACAGCUGUUCGCCAUGUACUGCCUGCUGCUGCUGUACCGAGCCCUCCGGGAGGAGCUGACUCCCAUCAGGCCCGUGGGGAAGUUCCUGUGCGUCAAGCUGGUGGUGUUCGUCUCCUUCUGGCAGGCCGUUUUCAUCGCCUUCCUGGUCAAAGUGGGAGUGAUCUCAGACAAACACACCUGGGACUGGGACAGCGUGGAGGCGGUGGCCACGGGACUGCAGGACUUCAUCAUCUGCAUAGAGAUGUUCCUGGCGGCCAUCGCUCACCACUACACCUUCACAUACAAGCCCUACGUCCAGGAGGCAGAGGAGGGCUCGUGUUUCGACAGCUUCCUGGCCAUGUGGGAUUUCUCCGACAUCAGAGCCGACGUCACCGAGCAGGUUCGCCACGCCGGUCGCACGUUUCUGGGUCGUCCCAACAAGAUGUAUUUCGGCGCUGUGGCUCGACCGGAACACACCGAGCACACCGGGCUGCUCAACGCCACCUCGCAGGACCCGCUCGCCGCCGCCGCCGCCUCCGUGCCCUCCUCGCCUUCGGCCAGCGGGCGCUACCAGGGGCUCGGCCACACCCCCGCCCCCCACUCCAUCUCUGCCCCCGCCGGCUUCACCUCGCCGUCCUGGGAGGACGACGGCGGCGGCGGCGAGCCGUGACGGCCAGAGGAAGACCUGAAACCACGUCAAAGCCAUGAUGAGCCGACACUUCGCCGCAAUCUAAAGACACUCAGAU